AUGGCAUCAUCAAGUUUAAACGUACUGAUUUUUUGCAAUAAUCCAAAUGUCCUAUUAUAUGCUUCAAGAUUUCAAUUAGCGAAGAGUAUUAAGCUAUUUCAUAUUAAUAACUCUAGUUCCAAUUUAUUUGAAAUAGAAACAUUUAAUUAUGGUAGAGAACAAGUAGAUAUGAAAAACCAUUUCUCUUCGGUGCAAGCUAUGAAGGACGAAUUGAAUGAUUCAAGUUUAGUUUUUGAUAUGGUUAUUUUCAGUGCAAACUCAUUACAAGAUAUAUCUUCUAUUUCUAGUCAAAUGAAAUCGGUUAUCAACUCAAAUACAAAAAUUAUUAUUGAAAGCAGUGGUUUCAUUCAAUUGGAACCAUUCAUCAGAAUGUCAACUGAUAUUCCUGCUUCGAACGUUUUCAGUAUCAUAACUGAUUUUGAUAUCAGAGAAGUUGCACCAAAUGAGUUCAAACAAUUUCCAAAUUCCAACAAUUCACUAGUAAAUACUCUUUACUUAGGUUGUACUAAACCAAAUCAAAUAAUUCUUCUAAUGCCAAAUAUUACUAAAAAUAUCAUUACAUUAUUAGAAACAUUUGAAAGAUUAUUUAAAAAAUUAUUCCCACAUGAUAAUAUUGAUUUAUGUGAUUUUGUCGAAAAUAACUUUUUAACUCAACAAUGGAUUUUUGCAUUACCAAAAAUAUGUUUCGACCCAUUAUUGGUUAUCUUUGAUGAACAAACUCCAAAGCAAUUGACAAAUCAAAUUUUAGCCAAACAUCUAAUAUCUGGACUAGUAACUGAACUAAUCGCUGUUUCUAAAGCAAUGGGCGCAAAGUUGCCAAGUUCUAUGAGUACCGAAAGUAAUCUAAUCAACUAUUGGGAAAAUUUAUAUCCGCAAAAAGAUGACAUUCCAAGUUUAGUUUUCAAUUUUAUUAAUGUAUUUUCAUCUUUAAGCACGGAUGUUUUAUUAUUACAACCUAUUUUACUUGCUGAUGAUAGUGGUAUCAAAACUCCAUACUUGGAGUUUUUAUAUUCUGUAUUUUGUCAAUAUGAAAAAAUUAACAAAGGUGAAUCUAAAUGGUUCAUGAGAAUUAACAAUAGUAAUGAUAACAAAGAGAAAAUCCAGAAAUUAUCAAUUGAAAGAGACGAUUUAAGAAAUGACAUAACAAAAUUAAACGAAAUAUUAGCAUCAAAAGAUAGGGAACUCGGUAUAGCUAAGAAUAUGGAAUUGCAAAACAAGAAUGAAGUCACUGUUUUACAAAGAGAGGUUUCUACGUUAAAAUCUGAAUUAGCUAAUCAAUCUAGAAGUUAUAAGAAUGAAAUCUCAGAAUUGCUAAGCUUACAAAAUCAACAGCAACUUCAGCAGAAAGAGCAUUUAGAAAGAUUAGAAAAUCAAACAAAUGAUUCAUUUUCUAAGGAUACUAGCAGCAGUAACCUAAAGAAAGAAACUCAAUAUAAGGCGACUGGCACACCUUUAAUUAAUGAUUUCGAAGAUUUAGCAAUUUAUAGUUAUGAUUCACCAACAAGGGACCACACAUUAUCCAAAGAUAGAACGUCUAUGAUGCCACCAUCGAGAAAUGGUAACUAUUCUCAAUCUAAUUCUCCUGCUGCUUCUUUAGAAGAGAUUUCAGCUUCUAGUCCAGACCCUUCAAUUCAAAAAAAAGAAUUAGAACUGAAGAAAAGAGAACUUGAGUUACAAGAACGUGAAUUAGAUUUCCAAAGAAGAUCCAUGCAACAGCAACAGCGCUUAAUGAUGACUACACCAGUUAACAGUGCACCAAUGAACAUACCAAUGAACGCACCAAUGAAUGUACCAAUGAACGUACCAAUGAACGCGCCAAUGAACGCACCAAUGAAAGGUCAAAACAAUCAAUUAUAUGGUGCAAAUAAUGCAAACAGAAAACUUUCGCAUACACAACUUCAACAACCUGUAAAUACCAGACCAAUUAGAUCUAUGUAUGGUGCCUCCAACUCAUCUGGUAAUUUUGUUGAUCCGAUAGGUAGUAGCAUGAUGAACGGUAUGCCAGGUAAUUAUGGAAAUGUACAUUCUCAACAAGGUGUUAAACCAACUAGUAGAAAGAACAGAAAUAGUACUAUGCCAACAUUAGGCCAUGCUUCGAGUCUCGGUUUAAGUGGAAUGGCAAAUCAAAAUAAUGGACAAAAUCAACCAAGGAUCACCUCAUAUUCAUCCUCUAAUUUAGCCAACCAGGGUAGACCAAGACAAAAAUCACAACAGCAACCACCGCAACAGCAGCCUUUACAAUUUACACAAACUCCAAAUUCCUAUAAUAAUGCUAACAGAACGAAUAUGCCAAAAUCUAAUAAAACUAAUUCGUUUAUAAUCGGUAACCAACAAAUAGGUGGAGGUUCCAAUAAUAAUGAUUCCAAUUAUCCUCAAAACAGUAAUGAUACCAAUCCUAAUGUUUCUAUGAGUUCAGUUGUACACAAUCCAAUCAAUUCUAGUAAUAACAACAUUGCAAAUAAUUCAUUCAGUGAUUUUAGCAAACUACAACAAGCAUCAGUUCCUGUGUUAAGCGUAUCAACAACUCCGCCAGCAUUAGAUAAAACUGUAGCCUCAUUGGAAAACGAUAACCAAACAGAUAAAGCGUCAGAUAAUGAAAAACUACCUGAAAAGAAAAAGAAGUUUAAAUUAUUUGGCAAGAAGAAAUGA